AGCCCUUGCCUGGCAAGCAGACGAUGAAGCGGUUGGAACAUUUCACGAUAGAAUUCGUGCGGGUUCGCAUGUUCCAUCUCAACCAGUUCCUGAACAGGGUCGCCGAACAUCCGGUGUUGUCCUCGGACAAGAGCUACCAAAUAUUCCUCACUGCCAAAGCAUCGGAGUUUGCAAGUCACAAGAAGACUGGCUACGGCUUCAUCCACAAGGUCGGUGACUCGCUACACGGCAUUGCCGCCGGCGUCAUGAUGAAGGAGCGGCCGCAAGAGUUCGUCACCGUCGCCGACUACGUCGCCACCUUCACGGAGAAGCUCGGCAACGUCGACCGCAUCGCGCAGCGGAUACAGCGCGAGCAGCGAG